UUUAAUAAUAACAAACAUACCCUAAUAUGAACGGUAGCAAACAGUUUUGGCAGUUUAACCUGUACAAGGCUAUGAGGGAUCCAAGCCUUAUUGCCUAUGAAGACGAGUUGGUCGUUAUUAUCAAAGAUAAGUACCCCAAGUCGGAAGAGCAUUUCCUUGUUCUUCCUCAAGCUACGAUUCCAGAAAUAAGAUCUCUAAAUGCUAGUCACCUACCUUUGUUGAGACAUAUGGAUCAAGUUUCAAGAUCUUUCUGUGCCAACUUUAAUCAUGUGUUUUGGGCGGGAUUCCACGCAAAACCAACAAUGAUGCAGCUUCAUCUGCAUCUCAUCAGUGAUGACUUUAGAGGGUCCGGAUUGAAAACUGCAAAACAUUGGAACUCUUAUACUACAUCAUUCUUCGUUAGCAUAUCACGUGUUAUCCACGAUUUGGAAACACAUGGUAGGGUGUUGCUACCCUCUAAUGCUUCACUAAAUGAGUUACUGCGUGCCCCUCUACAGUGCCACAAAUGCCUCUUCAAACCAAGCAACAUGGCAACUUUGAAGGUCCAUCUCAUCUCUCAUACUCCCACAGAUUGAGCUGAACACACGAGUAAUGCAAGACUGACAAUAAAUUCAUGCUUGAUCGUGUGUGGUAAGACUUUUUGUUUAUGAGUAAGAUAGUUGCGGUUAAACAAGACGCUAUCUUGUUACCUGAUGAAAAACGGAAUGUGAUCUAGUACAAGUUAAGUUUUUACAGUUUACAAUUUUUAUUUGUAUUAGUUUAAAAGUUGUUUUAGUUAUAUGUAAAGUUUUAGAGACCUGUGUUUUAUGAAGCAAACAUGGUAUUAUAUACGAGGUAAAUAGUCUACUCAAAAGUAGAGGUGUGCGAAUAGUGAUUUUUGGGUUCAAAUCAAAUCAAAUAGAAUACUUCAUAAUAUUUUCGAAUAUCGGAUAUUACCGAGCGAAUAUUUAUGUUAUUAUUAUAGACUCCAAAAGUUGUACAAUCACAGCUUUAGAACUCGACUUAAUAAUCCUGAUUUUAACCAAUGUAACAUUUUAAAAUAAUCUAUUUUUCCCUAACUAUUUGUUCUUGGUACAAAAUCAGUAUGGUACAGGCCUUCCAGUAUUUUUCUCAUUUUAUUUCAUUGAAUAUGUAGCGCAAUGUAGCUUGCUAAUUGCUAUUCACACAACACUUUCAGACUACCGUACUUAUUUUGUCAUUCUACUGAACGUUAAGUUCACAUUACAAAAAGUAGAUCCUAAUAUUAACUAAGCUAAACAAAUCUUUUUCAAAGUUAUACAGAUAGAUAUCUGUCUGCU